AGAGAGGGUGUGGAUUAAUCAUUUAGAAGAAAAAAAUGCAGAUUUGGAGCAAAAGUUGCGAGAACAAAGAGAAACAAGAGAACCACAGGUGAUAAGUAAAAGAGAUGGUAAGUGGAAGAAGAAAUAUAAGGAAUUAUCGAGUAAAGUUGAAAGGAGAGAGGAAUUAGAGCAAGAGUUAAAUACGAAUUUUUUAAGAUCAAGAAGAAUUUUUCGUUUACAAGAAAAUUUAAACAGAAAUAAGAUAAAGAGAGAUAAGGAUAAGUUAAUGAAGGAGUUAAAGAAAGAAAAAAAUAAAAUGAGAAGAAAGAUAGAUCAAUUAAAGAUGUUAGAAAAAGAGAAGUUAGAGUGGUAG